AUGCUGAGGCGGGGAGUGUGGGUGACGGUGCGAGGCAUCUCCGUGGAAACCCCACAGGAAGUCAUUCGGGCUGCCCGGGGAAAGAGCGUCACCCUUCCGUGCACCUACCAGACUACUUCCUCCACCCGAGAAGGAUUGAUCCAAUGGGACAAGCUUCUGCGGAGCCACUCGGAAAAAGUGGUCAUCUGGAACUUUUUAGAAAAAACUUACAUAUACGGGGACCGUUACCAGAACCGCGCCAACAUAUCAGCCAAUGCCGAGCAGUCGGACGCCUCGGUCACCAUCGGGCAGCUCACCAUGGAUGACAACGGCACCUACGAGUGCUCGGUCACCCUGUUGACAGACCUGGAAGGCAACUCCAAGUCGCGCGUCCGCCUCCUGGUCCUCGUGCCACCCUCCAAGCCGGACUGCGGCAUCGUGGGAGAGACUGUGAUUGGGAACAACAUCCAGCUGACCUGCGAAUCCAAGGAGGGCUCCCCGGCACCGCAGUACAGCUGGAAGAGCUACAACUUGCUGAACCAGGAGCGGCCACUGGACCAGUCAUUGGUCUCUGGCCAGACGGUGUACCUGAAGAACAUCUCCACGGACACCUCGGGGUUCUACCUCUGCACCUCCAGCAACGAGAUGGGGCAGGAAUCCUGCAACAUUACUGUGGGCGUCAGGUUACCCUCCAUGAACGUGGCCCUGUAUGCGGGCAUUGCGGGGGGCGUGGUGGCGGCCUUCAUCCUCCUCGGCAUCCUCAUCUACUGCUGCUGCUGCCGACAGGACAAGGUUGAGGACAAGGAGGACGCCCGGCCGAACCGGGCCGCCUACCAGGAGCCGCCAGAGCAGCUGAAAGAGCUUUCCAGGGCGAGGGAGGAAGAGGAGGAGGAGGAUGACAACGACAGGCAGGAUGAGCAGAGGCACAGGGGGCGCCAGACCCCUGACCCCUGA